CAUCAAUGAAUGUUCCAACCCAUCAGCUUUAUUUGAUUGUAUACCAACAGCAGAGUGCCUUAAUGGCACGGUAAUAUGCACAAAUAAUUCACAAUGCGUGAACAAUGUUGGUUCCUUUGAAUGUCGAUGUGAUGCAGGUUUUAUGUUGAUCAAUAAUACAUGUGUAGAUGUUGAUGAAUGUGCUACCGGUGCUACGUGUGACAUAGCUGGGGGAGCCACGUGUGUGAACACUAUUGGAUCUUAUACAUGCAUAUGCGCUGCGAAUUGCACAGAUAUUGAUGAAUGCAACAAUACCUCCUCAAUAAACACAUCCUGUGAUCCAAAUGCAACAUGUAAUAAUACAAAUGGUGGAUACACAUGUACUUGCAAUGAGGGUUUCACUGGGGAUGGGUUGAUCUGUGAUAACGUUAAUGAAUGCCUACAAAACCUCGAUGACUGCUUUGACAAUCUGCUUAUGAUUGAAAAUUGUGAAGACACGCUUGGAUCCUUUGUCUGUGUGUGCAAUGACGGUUUCAUAGAAAAUAUAAAUGGGACGUGUAUAG